AAGCAGCGAACGUUGUUUUAUUAUAAUAUUUAGGAGCGUAAAAGUCUGGCUGUGUCAAAUGAUCAAUAUAUAUAUUUUACAGCAAAAGGCCUAAACGUUCUUAAAUCGAUUUAUUAUAUGUAAUCAAGUGUUUGAAAAAGUAUUGUUCUAUAUAACUAUCAUUUCAAAAGUGACAGGUACAACACGUAUAUACGAGUUACAAAAGUCUAUAUUCAGAAUAGGAUCACAUUUUACUUAGUCCUAAAACACCGGUGCACAAUGAACUUUAAUGCUUUAAAUUUGUUGUUCUAUACGUUUGUAGUGCAUGCUAUUGUUCCAGACAAUCCAAAUGAAAUUACAACGUUGGUCGAAUUGCCUAAAAAAUACAGGGAGUUUAAUUUCAUAGUAAACGAAUUUCAAAUUAAUCAUAAUCUUGAAGAAGCAGGAAAAAUUAUUGUUCAAGAUGAAUUCAAUGUUUUCCGGAAUGUACCUACACAAUUUGUCACUUUUGAAAUCGAGUUACUUUUUAUAUUACAGCAAAUGGCCUACGCGUUUAACGAAAGAAAUGAAGCUAAAUUCAAGGACUUUAUAGGAACGGUUUGUACAAUGCUCCCGAGAUGUUUGAAUUUUACCUAUAUUGGUGUCUUCUUGAGUUCAAUAACAAUUAUGUUGAGCGAACUUCAUAUCAUUCUUUGUCACGAAUUACCGACGUAUUAUACAAAAUAUGAAAAUGCAACCGCGGAUACAGAAAAAAAACAUAUCCAUGAGAAAAUGGAAAGAAUUUUAACACCUCUAAAUUCAAUGAUUGAGAGUAAAACAAAAGUUGAGGAAAGCUCAAUCCCGAAUGACCAAGAUUACGAGGAACAGAGUAUGGGUUUUAUUAUAAUAGUUUACGAGAUCCUGGGUUAUAAUAAUAUGAUACCAUAUAUGGAUAUGAUUCACGGCUUAGAAGAGAAAGAUAUUUUUGAAAGUUAUUCGCAAACUAACAAAAUGCAAUUUAAGGUCACUGAAAUUAGGACCGGAGGCAAUGAAAUUCAACAAAAUUCUGAUAAACCAAUACAUUUUCAGGAAAUCAACAAUGAUUAUGCAAAAAAUCUUCAAAAAGAAGAAUGCGGUUUUAUACAAUUUGUUGACGAUUAUUCGACAGCCGAAGCUAUGGAAAAAUUACUGUUGCUUACCCUUAGGAGACUCCAACAGCAUUGUACAAAUUCUAUGCUAAACGAUAAUAUAGAUGAUAACGAUAAUAUAGAUGAAAACGAAAAUAUAGAUGAUAACGAUAAUAUAGAUGAUAACGAUGAUAUCGACUCUAACGAUGAUAUCGACUCUAACGAUGAUAAAGAUGAUAGCGGUCAUAUAGAGGAACUUCCAACUGAAACCGAAAAUAACCAGAAGACGAAGUAUAUUAUGGACAUGUUACAAGGUAUAUGUCAAAAUAUCCCAUUAAUUAUCAUGUAUUUAAAAGAAAUAACUUUAAAUAAAGUUAAUAAGUUUAACGACGACUCGAUAAUAUUUAGCAUGUAUUUGGCGUUCUGUGGCGACUACAAGGGAUACAUUGAUAUCUGUUGCAAUAAUCCAUUUCCCGGCACUGAAGCUUUGAUAAAGGUUUUUAACCCCAAAUUGGAAAAUUGUGAAACCGAGUCGAUGAUCAACAUUUGGAGUUGGAAUUUAUUUAAAUUAACCAAUGAGGUACCGAAAAAGACAAAUGAAAAUUUUGUAAAUAAUGAACUCUGUACAAAGUUGUACUUAAAUUAUUUAACGGANGUGGUAUAUAGACGGAACAGAAUUAUUUUACAAAUAUCUCGAUUUACCUUUAUACACCGAUACAGACGCACAGAAUGAACCCCAACCAACUAAUCGCAUGGUCUCUCUCAUUUCCAUAAUAAAAAUUGUAGACAACAGCGUUAGUAUAAAUGUCGACGAAUUUAUUCCCUCGGAUGAACAAAAAGACUUUUCGCAGUGGUCCGAAACAAAAUUAUCCGACAUCGACGACGGAUACGAACAAUUUAAUAAUGCUAUAAAUACGAAUUGCAUGGACGCUAUGAAAUACAUGAGUACUUUUUUUUCAAUCGCAAAGAAGUCUAUGGACAUAAAGUUCGAAUUCCAUUCCGCUGCAACUAUGUACUCACUGCACUGUCCGCAAAAUAUAUUUUCUAUACCUUAGAGCGCAUUGGACUUAGAUAUAAUAGAAUCGUGAGUGUCAAUGUAAUGUUUCAUUUUAUGCAAUAAGCAUUAAUUUGUAAUACUACAUAUUUCGAUACAUAUUAUUAAUAUUAAAACCAUUAUUUUAACGUCGUGUUAAUCGAGUGCAUCUCAACCCUCUUUUAUUGCAAUUAUAAUUAAAUAAACUUAAUUAACAAUCUGCUUAUAAAUAUAUAUAUUUUAAUAGGCAAAGUCAAAAGAUACAUUGUACCUUUGUAAACGACUAAAAAAUAUUAAGAUAUAUAUUUUUUUUUUCAUAACUAAAUAUGUAGUAAUAAAAUAUUUGUGGUUUAUAGCUUUAAUUAUAUAAAUUUACAUUUAAUUUUAUGUCUGUUUUUCGAUUAUAAGAAUAAAAAAGAUUAACUUUAAAAAAAAAUGUUUAUUAAAUUACUAUCGUAUAGCUACACUAUCUCAUUUUGAAAUAAUAUAAUAUCCAUUAACUAUUUUCUUUAAAAUAUUGUAAUAGUAUUAAUU